AUCAUGAUCCUUUUAUUGGCUGCUUUACCAGCUGUUGAAACUGCACUUGAGAGGUUCUCUGAGGUUCUAGAUCAGUAUGAGCUUGCCUCCUCCCUUUAUUAUCGAGCUGACCAAGAGAGGUCUAACCUUCUUCUGCAUGAGACAUCUGCAAAGACAAUUGUUGCAGAAGCUACUUGCAAUUCGGAAAAAACUCGUGCAUCCUUUGAGAUUCAGGCCAGAGAAUUUGCUCAAGCAAAGGCCAUUGUAGCUGACAAAGCUCAAGAAACAACUACUGGGAUAGAGCAGCAUGGUAGGAUCCUUGAUGCUCUCUGGAGCAAUUUGAUUCCAGAAAUAAAUGUCUCCAUAAAAGUGAGCGACAACAUGGAUACCAUAUCGCUUAUAUCUGCAGUUCUAGUGGCCGGAGUUCCAUUGACUAUAGUUCCAGAGCCUACACAAGCACAGUGCAAUGAUAUAGAUAGGGAAGUUUCUCAGCUAAUCACCGAAUUGGAAAAUGGACUUUCUGCUGCAUUUUCUUCCCUUAAAGCAUAUUCUUUGGCUUUGCAAAGAGUUCUUCCUUUAAAUUAUCUUACAACCAGUGCAGUGCAUGGCUGGGCACAAGUUCUGCAACUAUCUGUAAAUGCUCUUUCACCUGACAUCCUCUCUCUUGCCAGAAGACAGGCCACUGAGCUGAUUGCAAAAGUAAAUAGUGAUUUUCUUGCUGUCAAAUGCAAUCAUGAUGAUCUCUGUCUUAAGGCAGAGAGGUAUACAGUAGAGAUUGAGAGAGUUGAAGAAGAGUGUUUGGAGCUAGUCAACUCAAUUGGAUCAGAUACUGAAUCAAAAGCUAAGGACCGUCUCUUAUCAGGUUUCAUGAAGUACAUGCAAUCUGCCGGUCUUGUAAGAAAAGAUGAUGCUGAAUUUGGACAAUCAAACUACGAUGCAUCUAAGGAUGCCAAACUACCAGGGGAGCUGGAAGAGAAGAAGAAGAAGGUGUUGGGUGUUCUGCAUGUAGCUUCAAGUUCAGUGUAUGACCAUGUGAAGCACAAGGUACUGGACAUAUUUAAUGGUGCAGGAAGGGACAGAAACAGUAGGUUGCAGUCUGAUGUAAGCCUUUUCAGUGAGUUUGAAGAGCAGGUAGAGAAAUGCAUGCUAGUAACAGGCUUUAUUAAUGAACUACAGCAUUGCAUUUGCGGGCACAUAUCUAGCAUUGAUGUGGAUAGAGAGUAUGCAAAAUCUUAUCCUGAAAGGAAUUGGGCUUCAAUCUUUAAAAGCAGUUUACUUUCUUGUAAGAGUUUGAUUCAGCAAAUGAUCGAAGUUGUUCUGCCAGAUAUAAUGAAAGCUGCUAUUUCAUUCAAAUCAGAAGUGAUGGAUGCAUUUGGAUUGAUCUCACAAAUUCGUGGGUCAAUAGACAUGGCACUUGAGCAGCUCAUCGAGGUUAAAUUAGAAAGGACAUCGCUCGUCGAACUAGAGCAGAACUACUUUGUUAAGGUUGGCCUCAUAACUGAGCAGCAACUGGCUCUUGAAGAAGCUGCUAUGAAAGGUAGGGAUAAUUUAUCCUGGGAAGAAGCUGAGGAACUGGCCUCCCAGGAAGAAGCUUGUAGGGCACAACUGGAUCAGCUCCACCAAAGUUGGAGCCAGAGAGAGAUACAAAUUUCUAAUCUCCUAAAGAGGGAAGCUGAAAUUAAAAGUACCCUGGUUUCUUCCGAAUGCCAAUUUCAAUCUCUAAUCAAUGCUGAAGAGUUCGGAGAACCUAAUGUUAUAAGAAGCAAAGCACUAUUGGGAAUGUUAGUGAAGCCUUUCUCUGAAUUGGAAUCAGUGGAUAGAACACUGGCCUCAUUUGGCAGUUCUAGUGUGUCUUGCUCAGAUGGGAUUACUGACUUAGUAGAUGUUAUGAGUUCUGGGCAAUCAUUAACUGAGCAUAUAUGGAAUUUCAGUAGCUUCCUCAGCAAUCAUGCAUUCUUUAUCUGGAAAAUAGUGUUUUGGAUUUCUUUCUUGAUUCAUGCAUACAUGAUGAAUCAUCAUCCUUGGGUCAAAAUUUAGGGUUUGAACAGCUUUUUGAUGUUGUUAACCAAAAUCUUGAAAUUCAUCUUGAUAAAUU